GCCGGGAAAAGGCCCAGGAAAAGGCGACUGGUCCAGGGCUCCUGCCUCCAUGCACUGUGUCCUUCUCCUCCCACAUCCAUGAGAUGCCAAGAUUGGGCUUUCCUUUCUUUAUUCCAGGACCCUGUAUGGAAUCACACUUCCCCACACAUGGAUGCAACUCCCAGAUAACCAAUUCUGCCCUUAUUUUGGGAACAGAGUAACUGCUCUGGGAUAAAGUUCCCAUCAUCCUGUGUGGAGCAUUUACUCCCAACAUAGUGGUUAUUCCAGGCUUCUCUUCCCCAUCUCCAUCCCCUGAGAAAACCAAGUAGUGAAGGUGGUUUGGAUCUAAAAUGCCAGAAUUAUUCUGGAAAAGGCCGAGGGGAAGGGACAGAGGGAUGUGAAAAGGUGACACCUACAUUCCCCAAAUAUCAGGGGGAUGCUGGCAGUGCCUCAAAAAAGGAAUUAAGGCUGGAAUUGUGCGGACAAGGGAUGGUGGGAGGGUGGGGAUGUCACGUUUGUUGUUAUACUGAUUUAAUGGGGAAUGGCAGAGCUGUGCCGGGGGGGCUCCCUUUGUCCCCUCAGAGCUCCGGGGUGACACCCAGCCAAAUUCCCUCUCCCUGUGUUCUCCCAGCUUGCCAACAAAGCACGGACGGAGAAGGAGGAGAAGAUGAGCCAGGCAUAUGCAAUUAGUGCUGGUGUCUCCCUGGAGGGGCAGCAGCUCUUCCAGACUAUCCAUAAGACCAUUAAAGACUGUAAAUGGCAGGAGAAGAACAUAGUUGUGAUGGAAGAAGUCGUUAUUGCUCCUCCAUACCAGGUGGAAAACUGUAAAGGCAAAGAGGGAAGUGCCCUGAGUCACGUACGGAAAAUAGUGGAGAAACAUUUCCGGGACGUGGAAAGCCAGAAGGUCCUGCAGCGUUCACAAGCACAGCAGACACAGAAGGACACGUCCCUGUCAUCCUGAGGCCAUCUCGGGAUGAGAUCGCCCUGUCCCCGUUGUCCCUUCCCUCCCGGGAGGCGGCGCCAGGGGCACCUUCACGCUUUUAUUUCCUUUUUUUUUUUUUUUUUUGGGGGGGGGAAAUCUCAACUCCAAAAUUCAAACUUUUGAACUUAAAAAAAAAAAAAAAAAACAAAAACGAGAAAAAGAGAAUAAUUUAAAAGCUCCUCUUCACGCAUUACUUGACUAACAGACUUUGGUUUUUCUCUGCCAUGUUUUCUCCCCUCCAGCAGGGCAGGCUCUGUUAAUUUUAUUUUUUGGCUUUUUUUUUUUUUUCCUUUUUUUCUCCCAAUUUCUACCUUUCCCUAUCCCCCCCAAAAAACGCCCAAAAAAUAAAAUUAACAAGCUCACUGCGGUGGCCAACCCGGGACCCUCGUGACCAACAUGGUCUCGUUUUAAUUUUGUUUGCACAGGGCAAGGCUUGAAUUAGUCUUAUUUUUCUUAUCUUUAAAUAUAUAUAUGAAUAUAUAUUAAAAUGUUCUUUAAAUAUUUGCUUCUAGCAGGAUUGUGGCAAAAAAUCCCCCCUAACACCCAUCCCAGGAUCAUCCAGAACCUGGAUUUGGGGGUUCCCCCCCACUUAUUUCCUUUAUGUUUUUAAUUUUUUUGCCCUUUUUCAUUUAAUUUUUAAUUUUUUUAAUUUUUUUUUUGCCACGAUCCUCUCCCUCCCCUUUUUUUUUUUUUUUUUAAAAACAAAAAACAAAUGGAUCAAACUCAAAAAACAAUUCAAGCCCUGCCUUUAGGAGAGUUAAAGAUUAAAAAAAAAU